AUGCCGACCAAACGCGUCAAGGGCAAGAAGAAGCUCAAGUCCAUCAAGGCCAAGAUGACGGACUCCAUGAGCAGCAAGCGCCGGCUGUCGAGGUUUGGCAAGGAACAGCGCAAGGGCAUGCGGGGGUCUGCCGCCAAUUACAUCACGCGCAGUCAAGCGCUCAAGCGGCUGCAAGUCACGCUGAAAGACUUUCGUCGGCUGUGUAUCUUGAAGGGUAUUUACCCACGAGAGCCCAAGAAGAAGGUGUCGGGCAAGGACAAGACGUACUACUACCUCAAGGACGUCAUGUUCUUGGCGCAUGAGCCAGUGCUGAGGAAGUUCCGCGCUUUCAAGACGUUUAUGAAACAAGUGACAAAAGCCAUGGGGCGGAAAGAUUAUGCAAAUGCCAAGCGCAAGCACGAGAAUCGUCCGACGUACGAGCUCGAUCACAUUGUCAAGGAGCGCUAUCCGCGCUUUGUUGAUGCACUGGGAGAUCUGGAUGAUGCGCUGUGUCUUGUGCAUUUGUUUGCACUCAUGCCUACGGGCAAUGGGAUCCAUGCAGACGUCACGAGCCAAUGUCUGCGACUUGUGCGUGAGUGGCAGAACUACAUUGUUGCCACGCGAGCGCUUUCUAAGGUUUUUGUGAGCAUUAAGGGCAUCUACUAUCAAGCCAAUGUGCAAGGCCAGACCAUUACGUGGCUGGUGCCACAUCAGUUUACACCGACAGUGGACAAGCGCGUGGACGUGCGGGUCAUGCUGACGUUUCUGGAGUUCUAUGAAGUGCUGCUUAAGUUUGUCAACGCACAGCUGUACAUGCACAUCGGAGUCGCGUACCCGCCAAAGAUUAACUUGCAGCUUGAUUCAGCUGGUGCACAACUAGCUGCGAUUGAAUUGGAAAGGGUGCAGAAAGAGAAGGUGAAAGAGAUUGGAGAGGAGGAGGAAGAAGUGCAAGCCAGCGGGGAGAAGGAGGUCAAGACGACCCAGAUCUCCAAGGAAGUUUUGCAGCAACAGAAGGAGUCUGAGAAGCGGAUUAAGACUCUUGGCAGUGCGAUCGCGAAAGAGGACAGCAGCGCUUUGGAUGAGGACGAAGAAGAGGAUGAACAGGCGUCCUUUGGCGAGAUGAGUGAGCCGCUUGAGGCCGCUUUUGCGUCGAAUGAGUUGGCGACGCAGAUCUAUAAUGAACAACGCAAGGAAUGCAGUGAGAAGAGCUUGUUCAGUGGGCUGACUUUCUUCUUGUCCCGCGAAGUACCUUCGGCUUGUUUGGAACUGGUGCUGCGAUCGCACGGCGCGACUCUUGGUUGGGACGGCGCUGGUUCUCCUUUCAAUGAAAAGAGCUCACGCAUCACGCACCACGUCAUGGAUCGGCCGCAUCAGGGUCAUCGCUACUUUAACCGCGAGUACGUGCAGCCGCAGUGGGUAUUUGACUCGGUAAACGAUGGCAUCCUGCUGCCUCUGGCGCGUUAUUUGCCUGGUGCAGAACUUCCGCCUCAUCUUUCGCCGUUUGUGAACGACGGACAGGAAGGUUACACUCCAGAGUACCGCAAGGAGCUGAACAAGCUCAAGUCGGCUGUGCAGGUGCUGCGCGAGGUCGGUGCUGUUGGUGAUGAGGGAGCUAUGAGCUCUGACGAUGAGGACGCUGAGGAGCAGGAGGAAGUCUAUGCCGCUGACCUGAAAGCUGAGAUGGAUGGCAAACCUGAUGAAAAGGGAAAUGACGACAGCGACGACGACAAGGCGGAGGAAGAUGAAGAGGAGCCGGUAUCGAAUGAAGAGGAGGAGAAUGAGAGUGAAGAGGAGGAGCAAGAGGAGAAGUCAGUGUCUGGUAAGCGCAAGGCAGACGAUAGCACUACCGACAAGAAGUCAAAGCGUGUCAAGAAAGAGGAAGAGGCAGCAGAGCUGAAGGAGUUGGCCAAGACUAUGAUGUCGAAGAAGGCCAAGCAUCUGUACGAUCGAAUGCAGUACGGUUUGGGCAAGAAGGCCGACAAGAUCCAGAAGCUCGAGGACAAGCGCGCCAUGCUCGAGGCCGAGAAGGUGAAGAGUAAAGAAGCUGAGGUUGCGUCGACUAAAAAGGGUCCGAAGAAGCGCAAGCGGAAAACCAAGGGCAACAAGAGCACCAACUAG